AUGGCCGCCAACUUUUGGACAUCUUCCCAUUGCACACACUGGAUCCUGGAUCGGAGGCGCGUUGCGGAGGCCAUGAAAGAGGAUCUGGAAUACGUCAACAUCGACACCUUGACCAAAAUCAAGAUGUGGUACUACGGCAUCAUCGGAAAAAUCGGAAAGCGGUUACAGUUCCGUCAACAGGUCGUCGCUACCGCCAUUGUCUACUUCAAGCGGUUCUAUACCAAGAAUAGUAUGCGGUCAACAGAUCCUUCGCUGGUGGCCGCAACAUGUAUAUACCUCGCCUGCAAGAUUGAAGAGUGCCCGCAACACAUCAAACAUAUCAUCCAGGAAAUGAAACACGCCCUCGCCAACCUGGGCGGGUUCGAUUAUGAUACGUCCAAGGUGGCAGAGUUUGAAUUCUAUCUAUUGGAAGAACUGGAGUUUUAUUUGAUCGUCUAUCAUCCCUACCGAGAUCUCACACUUAUUGCCAAGGACCUCAAGCUGGAAGAAUCCAACCUUCAGACCGCAUGGUUUGUGUUGAAUGAUUCAUACAGAACAGACGUGUGCCUAUUCUACGCACCACACAUGAUCGCCCUCGCAGCACUCUACAUCAUCUGUGUCGUCCACGCCGAACAAUACAACGACAACAAUAACAACGGCGGUGGUAGCGGUAGAGCAGGUGGAGGGAGCCAGAACAACCCGACUACGUCGUCAUCGUCGUCUAAUGAGGGUCAGGGGAUUAAUAACAGGAACAUGGUCCAAUGGUUCGCCGAUCUCAACGUUGACAUUGAAGAGAUCAUCGAGAUCACGCAGGAGAUCCUUUCAUUGUACAGUAUCUGGAAGGACUACGAGGAGGAGCAAGUCCCAGCCAUGAUGCAGGCCCUCAAGAUGGAAUUUGAUGAAAACUAUGAACUCAUGGAUCCCCAGCUCGAAGGCAUGCAAUAG